GAUGACAAAAUUUUAAAAAAUGGUUCAAGUAAAUAUUAACGAUUCAGGCAUCAGUUUCAGCUCGGAGUGCACAUUUAACUAAAAGUUAAAAGCGACUUUUAAUUUACUUUAUGCUACACUAACUAUAGUACAACAUUCUGUUGCUAGGAUACAACGAAAGCUCGGCUUCCUCGCGGUCGCUGACUAGCUAGUAAAGUUUGUACCGCUGCCUACCUCUCUGACAUGUUUUCUUAAUUUAUUCGGUAGUUACAUGGCUUGAGUUUACCAGCGGAUUGAGUUUAAGGUUGUCAUCAAGCUACCCCCGCCAUGCCAUAUAUUAAAACAUCUCAAAAAAAUCAUCCAUUCUCAACAUUGUUGGAUAUUAAGUCACAGAAAUGUGGACUGCGGUGUGCAGUUUUCUCGGUCUGUGGGAAUGAGUACACUGGAGAGUGGCAGGACAACAAGAAGCAUGGGAAGGGGACUCAGGUUUGGAAGAAGUCUGGAGCCAUCUAUAACGGAGAGUGGAAGUUUGGAAAACGUGAUGGAUUCGGUACCUACAGUGUGUUACUCCCAGAAACAAAGGAGCAUGUGAAAAAGUACUGUGGUGGAUGGAAAACUGGAAAAAAGCAUGGGUAUGGGACGUAUUACUACAGUAGCUCAGCAGUUUAUGAGGGGGAGUGGAGUGAGGACCAUCGGAGUGGCUGGGGAAGGAUGUACUAUGAGAGUGGAGAUAUCUACGAGGGAGAGUGGCUGAAGGACAAGAAUCAUGGACAGGGCAUCAUUCGAUUUACAAAUGGAAAUUGGUAUGAGGGCUCCUGGCGAGAUGGCAAGAAGAAUGGUAAUGGAAAGUUCUACUAUUCUGACAAAGGCCAGCUUUACGAAGGCUUUUGGGUAGAUGGAGUAGCAAAAUGUGGGACCCUGUCUGAUUUUGGAAGGGAUGAAGCACCAACACCAACAAAGUAUCCAAUUCCACAGCUACAUCUGGUGAAUAUGCAGUCGGUUUUAAGGGAAGCCCAGUCAGCCUACCUUGAUCAGUGUUGAAGAAAGACAGCCAUUAAAACCAACGGCAAGUUACCAUGAACCCACACGCUCACUCAGAGAAUAAAAAAACAAUUUGAAAAAAAAAAAAACCCAUAAUGUUAUUCAGCAUGUUAAUUUUUGUCAGAACAUUUACACCCAUACAAGUUGUUCUUGGAAAUGAAACAAACCCAAAACAUCUGGCUAACCUGAUUCAACAUGGACAAUUAAACACUGUAACUAAUCAUGAUAAUGAAAGGUUUGCUGCUAACUAUUGUCACAGCUCUCUGAAAGUACCUUUGAUCUUGUAAAUAGUUAACUGAUAAAUGAGCCACACUAAGAAUGCUCACAUGCUGUCUUUGGUUCAUUGCUUAACCGUUUAUCUAAUCAUUUAAUAAAAUACUAACUCCCACAA